AUGUUUAUGUAUUUUUAUUAUAAUCAUAUUAUUUAUUUAAUAAUAAUAAAAAAAAAAACAAGGAAAAAUUAAAAAAACUCUUAAAAUUUAUUUAUUAAUUUUUUUUUUUAAAAAAAAAAAAAAAAAACAAUAAUACACAAAAAAUUAUCUAUAAAUAAAUAAAAAUAAACUAAUAUCUCUUUUUUUAACAUUAUAUUUAUAUUUUAACACAAAAAAUAAAAAAAACUAUAAAUUUCUCACUUGUUUCUUAAAAAAAAAUAUUAAUAAUAAUAAAAAAAAUUAUUAAAUAAUAAUAACAAAAAAAAAAGAUAAAUUAAAACUCGUAAAAAAAAAAUAAAAAAAAUAAAAAAGAUGUAAACAUAAUAAGACGAACAAGAAAUAAAAUAAUAAUAAUAAUAACAAAUAACAUCAAAAAAAGAAAAUCUUCCAAAUUAUUAAAGUCCUAUAACACGAACAAAUGCUUAAAAUGUUAUUUACAACUUUAAAAAGCACUUAUAGGAGAAUUUAAGAAAGAAGAAUACAAAAUAACAUGUAAAUAAGAUAAUUCAUUAUCAUUUACAGCACACAUUUUUCCUAAAAUAUGCUGCGCCAUUAUUUAUAAAUAUAUACAAUAAAGAUACACAAUAAAAUUAUACGAAAUCUUUGACAUUAUAUUAUUAAAAAUUAAAAGAAAUAAAUAUGUAGAUUUUGGGGGGUAACGAAAAAAUAAAGAGUGUUUAAGUUUUGGAUAUUUAUUUGAGAAAAUUAGACGAAUAUUAUUUAUUAAAUUAGUUUUUGGAAGUUUUAAUAUAUAUUUUGUUCGGGGAAAAACCAGUGGUUAUUCCUAUAGAAUUAAACGAUUAAAAAAAGAACCUUUUUUUUUACGUUUCACCUAUUAUUGCGUUUUUAAUAUUUUUCUAUAUACAUGUAGAUAAUAAACCAAGUACUCUAGAUGAUUUAGUUAUUAGAAGUGGACUUAAGUAAUUAUAUAAAAAUACAGUAAUUGAAGGGGAUAAUGAGGAAUCUGAAAAUAAUUCAGAGGACAUUAUGGAAAUAUAGAAAUAAUAGGAAGGGGAAUAAUAUGUAUAGUUUUAAGAAAAAAAUGAGUUCGAAGAAGAAAUGAUGUUUUAAGAUAAUUCCUCGCAUUAUUCUUUAUUUAAAAAUUAAAAUAUUAAUUCGAAUUCAGGUAAACUUUUAGAUAAUUCUUAAUGA